CGCCGGUACCGACACAUCAUAACCCAUCACACCGAUUAUUCAAAUCACUUGAGAUCCAGUUCGUCAGUACUGAUAGCGAUUUACAUUUACAGCCUGCUCCGACACCCGUACGCCUUGGAUAUCCCGGAAAUGAACAACCUGGCUCAGCAAGAUAUUUUAGCGGAGUCAUACAGCCAUGGGCGAGGGGACGACAGACAUGGUAUACGAUUACUAUAUUCCCGACUGGACCGGAUUCACGAUCAGUUGAUGGUUGGUCGUCGCCGUCAUCGUCUAUGUCGGGCAUGAGUAGGCCGCGAUAUUCGUUACCGCCGAGAGAUCAGCCAUUACAGCAGACGAAUGGAUACAAUAACAACAAGACGACGGUUGUACGAUUAGAGGAUGUGGAUGAGGAGAUGAGUCUGGAUACUGUUGAGGAGAUUGGGAUUGGUGCGGAGACGCCGGGUAAUGAAGCUGAAGACCAGAUUACCACGAGAAGUGGGAUGCCGAGUCGGUCGUCGCAUUAUCCAUUCUUGAAGAGGGUACGGAGGGCGUUGUUGAAUGCGAUUGAUUUGCCAUUGGCUGCGAUUACUUCUGAUUCGUCGAUGUUGGUCUUAAAUGACGCGGCAUGUAUGGUCCUCGGAAAUCCUCGGGGUUCGACGAUCACUAGGGAAGACUUUGAUGAAGGCUUCGAGUGGCUUCAACAAUGGAGAUUAUGGACGGAAGAUUGGAGGCAACUACUACCAGCACCUCAGUAUCCAGUCGUCCGCGCACAACGUGGUGAGAGCUUCGAUGAUGUGCUGCACGGAUACGAACACAUUCAAACCGGCGAACGACUCUUCUUACUCUUCAGCGGACGACCCAUGUACGACGGCGACAAACCUCUCGGCGGAUUUGUCUGGUUCAACGACGUCACGGCACGCAUGGAAGCAGAGAAAAGUACGAACGACAUUGCGGCAAUCAAAGGUGGUGAAGAAAAGUUCAGAGAGAUUCUCGACUUGCUGCCAUGGGUUAUCUGGACCGCAGACGCGAACGGACGCGUGGAUCAUUUCAAUAUGAGGUGGUAUCAUACGACUGGGCAUUCAGCCGAUAAGCUGGAUGCGUGGUCGGAUUAUGUGCAUGAAGAUGAUCGAGAGGCGCUCAUUGAGACGUGGAAGCAUGCUGUGGCUACCGGGACGCAGUAUUUGUUUGAAGGACGGUUACAUCAGAAUGGAUCUGAGGCACGGUAUCAUAUGAUGCAGGCUCAGCCAUUGCGGAAUAUCGAGGGCGAGGUCGUGCGGUGGUUUGGUUCGUGUACGGAUAUUCAUGAUCGUUAUACCGCUGUCAAGAAUGCCGAAGCGGCACAGGCUGCAGCGAUUGCCGCGAAAGAAGCGAGUAGAUUGAAGAGUGAGUUCUUGGCUGUUAUGAGUCACGAGAUCAGAACUCCCAUUGCGGGAGUUAUCGGUAUGAGUGAUUUGUUGCUCGAUACUGAGUUGGAUGAGGAACAGAAGGAUUACGGAUUGAAUAUUCGGAGGAGUGCGGAUGCGUUGUUGACUGUCAUCAACGAUAUUCUGGACUUCAGCAAGAUCGAGGUCAACCGUCUCGAGAUGGAUAACGCACCGUUCGAUAUGUGCGUCUGUCUUACCGAUGUUGUUCGUAUGCUCAAUUUCUCUCUGGAAGUCAAGAACUUACGGUUUGUCUGUAAAUCAGAAAUUGAAGGGCGAGAUUUGGUCGUUAUGGGUGAUUCGGGACGUGUACGACAGGUUGUCACGAAUCUGAUGAGUAAUGCGGUCAAAUUCACGCCGGCUGGUGGUACGAUCACAUUGGGCGUUGAGAUUGUGAAGGAGGAGGAGAAGAACAUCAGGUUGCGGAUUGCGGUACAGGAUACUGGUAUUGGAAUUUCAGAGGCGACACAGAAGAUGCUCUUUAUGCCCUUUACGCAGGCUGAUAGCUCGACUGCGAGGAAUUACGGCGGUACUGGAUUGGGGUUGAGUAUUUGCCGGAGUCUGGUGGAGUUGAUGGGUGGGUUUAUCACCUUGUCAUCUAAGCUUGGUGAAGGCUCGGAAAUCUGGUUCGAGGUCCCGUUCACGAAGGCGACGAAGGAGGAUUUGGCAAAGGCAAGCCCAGACUUGGGCAGCCGGAGUCGAUUCCCGAACAGCAACUUUACCCCAGCCACGCCAUCGACUGGCAAGAGACAGCGGUCGGGUGACAAGACGCCUGAGGAGCUCCACUCUGAGGCUGAGGCACGAGCGCAGGUGACGAUCCUUGUCGCGGAGGAUAACGCGCUCAACCUUCAAAUCGCCAUGAAAACCCUUCGAAAAAUGGGCUUCGACGCCGAAAGUGUCAACAAUGGACUCGAAGCCGUCGAAGCGGUUAAAAGGCGUGCAGAAUCCGGGAAACCUGGAUAUGGCUGCGUUCUCAUGGAUUGUCAGAUGCCGACGAUGGACGGUUAUGAAGCCACUGCAAUCAUCCGCAGAAACACGAAUCCGGAGGUUAGAGACGUUCCGGUAAUUGCGAUGACGGCCUCAGCCAUAAGAGGUGAGAGGGAGAAGUGCCUUGAAGCUGGGAUGGACGAUUAUUUGUCGAAGCCGGUUCGGCUGAAGAGUUUGGAAACGACGUUGUUGAAGUGGAUGCAUAAGGAUCAGAAAGGAAACGAGAACGCGAUGGAUAUAUCGCGAUAAACUCAAUGGAAAUGUGCAAUAUCAGUGGAAGAGAGGAGUUUCUGGCAGCAUAUGUGUGGUUAUGGGCAAACAAAACACGGGAUAACACGGCUAUACAUAUACCAGCAACGGUGAUGGGUUUUUGGACUUUUAUGAGUUACGUGGACUUGCAUAUGGAGUAAGACGGGUGGUUUCUUUGCAUAACAAUGAGAUGAUAUUGGAUCCAUCCAAAAAGUUGCAAGCGAGAUUGCUUCACCGCCCGUAAUUGAAGAUAACGUAGGUAAUU